GACCGGAGCUGGGGGCCGGAGCCCAGAGCGCGCCUCCAAACCCGCGAGCCGGGUAAUUGGCACCGCGGGGGGCGACGGCAGGACCCAGGGAAAGCCCGAGGGUCAAGGGCGCGGGGCCAUCCAGCUCGGAGCCCCGGGGCCCGCCGCCCCGCGGGGACGGUAGCUGAGCGCGGAGGCGAGGGAGCGGCGCGGCCCGGGCUGACCCGAAGGCACCAGCUCCGGGUCAGGUGCGCACAGCAGGGCGGGAGGAGCGCGCCAUGGAGGCGCCCGGCGGCGCUGGUCGGCGAGACACCAAGUGAGGCGGUCCGACCUGGGUCGGCUGCCCCCCGGGCCAUGUACGGAGACGUGUUCAACGCCACGGCCGGCCCCGAGGCGGCUGGAGGCGGUGCGCUGGCCCUGGCAGCCACGGUCAAGGCAGAGGGCGCUUUGCCGCUGGAGCUGGCCACGGCGCGCGGCAUGCGGGACGGCGCGGCCACAAAGCCCGACCUGCCCACCUACCUGCUGCUCUUCUUCCUGCUGCUGCUGUCCGUGGCUCUCGUCGUCCUCUUCAUCGGCUGCCAGCUGCGCCACUCGGCCUUCGCCGCGCUGCCCCACGACCGUUCGCUGCGCGACGCCCGCGCGCCCUGGAAGUCGCGGCCGGUGUAGCGGCGGGGGGAGCCAGGGCGGGCAGCCGCAGUGUCCCCGUCUCACCGGCGGCCGCCGGGAGGAGCUGGGCCGGGAGAGCCGGACGGCCGGGGUCGCUGGCCCCGGGGAAAGCCGCGCCCUGACCCAAAGACCUUUUGCGACCUCGAACGGCCACCGGGGCGUAAAGGGAGCCGGAGGCGUUCGCAGGCUGCGCAGGGGCGUGAUCCUAGCGGCCGCGGGCUACCAGGGUUCCGAUCCCCUAGCGGAGUCUUUCUUCCCUCCGGACAGCGGGUCUAGCCCGGCUGCCUUCCUGAAAGACGGCUAGCCAGCCAGGACGCAGGAGCCUGCCGACUGCCCUGCUUUGCACAAGGAAGGGGCGGGCACGGCUCGGCUAGGGCGCAACUAGCCGGGAGCUGCCUGUCCGGACUCCCUGGCCCCGCGGCUGUCUUCCCGCAGCUACUGCCGCCUCUUCCUCUCUUUGGCACCGAGGACCGCCCCCCCCCCCGCCCCAGAAUCCGAGCGUAAACUCAGCCGGACUUGGAAAAGAUGCCUUUUGGGGGCUGCGUCGCCCGGGGGAAGCGAGGGGAUGCCGAGUUUCAGUAGGUCCCGCCCGGGUCCAAGGGCUCUGAUUUCUCUGUGGGCACGGGCGGAGGGGAAGCUGGUCUAGAGGACAGGGCCGCACCUGCAGCAGCCGGUGGUCGGGGAUCCGCGUCCCGCACUCUACAAUAAAACCUCACCAAAUUAGACGCAGUGCUGAGAACGCUCUGGUCUUUGGUUGCGCCACUUUGGAAAGGG